ACAUCAUAGUUGUAUUAAAAGGGCAGACGUGUGUAAAGCCAUCUGUCUUAAAACCUGUGAUUGCUUUCUCUUCUGCCCACCACAAUUCCGCUUAAUCUUGGGCCCUUUUUUCGAUUUCUUGAAUUUUUCAUCGCUUGCUCUGUUUUCCAGUCGUAAUUAUAUUACCCAAAAAGCUAUCUUUUUUUUGUGGAACUGCUUUUUACAAGAUUUUGGGUGGCAAAAAAGGGUGUUCGUUUAAUUCAAGAAAAUCCCAAGAUUUUUAGUUUUAUCUGAUGGAAGAUCGCAAGGAGAUGUUGAUCUGCAUAUGCUUUUGGACAGCUAUUGGCAAUGGACCGAUUCUUCUUUUCUUCGUCUUUGGAGGAAUGCGCCAUGGCUAUCCGUCCCACAGUUUGGGGACUGGGACCAAAAGGGACCGUUACCCGACUAUUCUAUGGAUUUCUCGAAAAUAAGAGAGAUGAGGAAGCAAAACAAGAGGGACCCUUCAAGGGCUAGUCUUGGGAACGAGGACGAACUCAUCCCUUCAACCACACGAGACACCACCGUAGCUCCUAAUGAUCAUCGCGACUAUCAUCAGAACAACUCCCCAACAGCGAGGCGAAGCAUCUUCAGCUACUUUAACUGCUGCGUUAAGGCUUGAUUCGCUACGGGAGGCUGCAUUUCGAGCUGUAUGUUUGAUGGUGUAAUGAAAUGUUGUUAUUUACCUUGGGUUUUGACCAUUGUUUAUGAAACAGUUAUUUGAACAGAGCAUGAUUACUGAAGAUUUCAUGUUAAACUUUAUUACUUGACUUAAAUUUGAUAAUAAGGUUUUGGUAA